UUUAUCAAGAUCGAAAGGAAAUUUUUAAAGAUUGUAAGAAACUGACGCUAGAAAGAUCCCUUUGAAGUAUUCUGUAGCACAUCUGGCAAGACCUGAUUUAAAGAUGAAAGACUAUAGGAGUAAAAUUAACUAAAUUUCAUAUACGAGCUCUCCUUCCUCAUGACUUAAGGACCGCACUCAAGUCGUCUUUGCUGGGUUCAGAGAUCCUGCAGAGAUAGACUCAACAGAGCAUGGUGACUGAGUGCAUGUGGAGUUUGCAUAGAUGAAGAAUUAAGACACCGAAAUGUCUUAAUGUGGGAGGUUGGGUUUAUGGUGUCUCUAUCUGACAACACCCUAGAAAGCAGAUUUGGCGGGAAUAUGAAGAGACAGAUGUGGGAUAAAAUGAAUUUAAGAUGACCAUAAACAUACGUGCAGAGGUGGUAAGGAACAGAUGUUCAAAUUUAUCUAGAGCCCCAAGUUUAUUUUUUUAGUAAAGUUGCAUGAAACCGCUGGCAGCAGUGGAUUGCCCCCAUCUGGCUCUGCUGUUAACUAAAAUCCCUUGUGAGAAGUCAUCAUAUCUGCGGUCUUCUAUCUGCUGGAUGUUUUCCAUAGGAAGGCAUAGAGUGUCCAAGUUGGAGAAGAUUUUAGCGAUCUUCUAGGCCACACUCUGCCCUUGCGAGGACACCCAGUGGCAGUUGUCAUCCCAGCAAAUGCUCACCUCCUCUCAGCUUGAACACCUCCCAAGGAUGUUCUCCACAUACACGUUCAAGGUGCUGUGGCUCUUAGAAAGUCCACCUCCUCCCUGUGCAAGAACCUACCUCCUUCUGUUCAUUAGUCCUACUUCUGCUCAAGGGAUGUUGUCCAGUAUUUUUCCAACAUGGCAACUGUGCUCUUAGACUCCACUGAGAUAUGCUGGAAACCUUGGUGGUUUGUCAUCUCAGCUCUACUGCUUAAACUGUAUAGACCUGUUUCUGACUCACCAGAUAGGAAUUCUGCCCAGCAACUUUUCUGACCAAGCCCAAGAACUGUUGCCUGGUCAAGGCAUCUCUGAGCACUGAAAAGCAAUCUAAAUGUUCUGCUUACCUCACUCGUAGGUUCUGUUUCCUGCUUGAUACCAGAAUUUCGGUCUCCAGCAGAGAGCAUCAGUGAACGCGUGGCUUCCCAACACUGGGCUAUAAGAAACAGAAGAAUCGAACAGGGAAGCACUCGUAUUUCCAGAUUCUUUAAGAAGAGGUAGCAGUAUUUAAUAUGGAACCAAAAGCCGGUGAAUCAAAUAAUGAAGAUCUUUUAUCAAGCAGUGGUGUCACAUCCAAUGGAGGUUCUUCAAGCCCGUUUUUUAUGUCAUCUGUUCGUGGCACAAUCAUUGAAAACACGGCUUCAGCUGCGACAUUGACACAAAUUCCUUUUUUCCCCAAAUAUGAAGUGGAACUCGAUUCUCCUAGAAAAGUCAUCCCAUACCCUGGAAAGGAACACAUCGAACGUGUUUUGGAAGAAUAUUCACAUCAAGUCAAAGAUCUGCAGAGAAGACUGAAUGAAAGCAAUGAAUUGCAUGAGAAACAGAAGUUUUACUUACGGCAGUCGGUCAUUGAUUUGCAAACAAAACUUCAAGAGAUGCAGAUGGAGAGAGACGCCAUGGCUGACAUCAGACGAAGGGAGAGUCAAUCCCAGGAGGAUUUAAGAAAUCAGCUUCAAAACACAGUUCAUGAACUCGAAGCUGCCAAGUGCCUUAAGGAGGACAUGCUGAAAGACAGCAGCGCGCAGAUAGAACAGCUGAGAAAGAUGAUGCUCGGCCACGAGGGGGUGCUUCAGGAAAUCCGCUCCGUCCUCGCCGACUUCGAAGAAGCCUCAGGCAAGAAAAUAUACGAACACGACAGCGUGUCUACGCUCCACUUCCGCAACAUGGGCUCGGCUAUUAGUAAAAUCCUAAGAGAAUUAGACACAGAGAUUUCUUAUCUUAAAGGGAGGAUAUUUCCAGUAGAGGACCAGCUUGAAGCACUGAAGUCUGAAUCACAGAAUAAAAUAGAAUUGCUUCUUCAACAGCAUCAAGAUAGGAUUGAGCAGUUAAUAAGUGAGCAUGAAAUUGAGAUAACGGGCCUUACCGAGAAAGCCAGCAGUGCUCGAAGCCAGGCCAGUAGCAUCCAGAGUCAGCUGGAAAUCAUUCAAGAACAAGCAAGAAACCAGAAUUCAAUGUAUAUGCGUCAGCUCAGCGAUCUGGAAUCUACUGUUUCUCAGCUACGUUCUGAGUUAAGGGAAGCCAAAAGGAUGUACGAAGACAAGAUAGAAGAGCUUGAAAAGCAGUUAGUCCUUGCCAACUCAGAACUAACCGAGGCACGGACGGAACGUGACCAGUUCAGUCAGGAAUCUGGAAAUUUGGAUGAUCAGCUUCAAAAGCUGUUGGCUGACCUGCAUAAGAGAGAGAAGGAGCUGAGUCUGGAGAAGGAGCAGAACAAGCGUCUGUGGGACCGGGACACGGGCAACAGCAUCACCAUCGACCACCUGCGGCGGGAGCUGGACGACAGGAACAUGGAGGUGCAGCGCCUGGAAGCCCUCCUCAAGGCCAUGAAGAGCGAGUGUCAGGGCCAGAUGGAGCGGCAGAUGGCAGCGAUUCAGGGCAAGAAUGAAAGUCUAGAGAAAGUGUCCUCCUUGACUGCUCAGCUUGAAUCCACCAAAGAGAUGCUCCGCAAAGUGGUAGAAGAGUUGACGGCCAAGAAGAUGACUCUGGAGAGCUCCGAGAGGACCGUAUCGGACCUGACCGCUUCCCUGCAGGAGAAGGAGAGAGCCAUCGAGGCCACCAAUUCAGAGAUCACGAAGCUGCGGUCCCGGGUGGACCUGAAAUUGCAGGAGCUGCAGCACCUGAAAACCGAGGGCGACCACCUCAGGAACGUGCAGACCGAGUGUGAGGCCCUCCGGCUACAGAUGGCAGAGAAGGACAAGGUGAUAGAGAUUUUGCGCCAGCAGAUUGAGAACAUGACCCAGCUGGUUGGCCAGCACGGGCGGACGGCGGGCGCCAUGCAAGUGGAAAAGGCUCAGCUGGAGAAGGAGAUCAGUGACAGGAGGCUGGAGCUCCAGGAGUUCAAGAUUUUAAAAGAUAAAAAAGAUGCAAAGAUACGGGAGCUGGAGGCCCGCGUGAGUGACCUGGAGCUGGAAAAGGUAAAGCUGGUGAACGCGGGCUCCGAGCGGCUCCGAGCGGUGAAGGACAUCAAACAGGAGAGAGAUCAGUUAUUAAACGAGGUGAAAACCGGUAGGAGCGAGUUGAACAGCCUCACAGAGGACUACGAUGUCUUAAAAAGGAAUUUCCGAAACAAAACUGAGGAAAUGGAAGCUACUACAAACAAACUGAAAAUGCAGCUGAAGUCCGCACAGUCUGAACUUGAACAAACGAGAAAUACGUUGAAGUCGAUGGAAGGAUCCGAUGGUCAUGCUAUGAAAGUGGCAAUGGGGAUGCAGAAGCAAAUCACAGCAAAAAGAGGUCAAAUAGACGCCCUGCAGAGCAAGAUACAGUUUUUGGAAGAGGCAAUGACUAACGCAAAUAAGGAAAAGCAUUUUCUAAAAGAAGAGAAGAAUAAAUUAAGCCAGGAACUGAGUACUGUUGCAACAGAAAAAAACAAGAUGGCGGGAGAACUGGAGGUCCUGAGAUCCCAGGAACGACGUUUGAAAGAAAAGGUCGCGAAUAUGGAAGUUGCCCUUGAUAAGGCAUCUUUGCAGUUUGCAGAAUGUCAAGAUAUCAUACAGCGUCAGGAGCAAGAGUCUGUGCGCCUAAAACUUCAACACACUUUGGAUGUAAAAGAACUUCAGGGCCCCGGGUUCACCUCGAACACUUCGGUGAAGUCGCGCCUCCUGCAGCCGCCCACGGCCACCCGCUCCCAUUCCAACGUGCCGUCGUCCCAGUCCACGGCCAGCUUCCUGUCUCACCACUCUAUGAAACCCACCGCAUUGAAGGAAGAUCCAACAAGGGACCUGAAACAGCUUCUCCAAGAGCUGAGAAGUGUGAUCAACGAGGAGCCAGCUGUGCCGCUGGGCAAGCCCGAGGAGGAGGGGAGAACACCAUCCCUGGGAGUCUCCUACGUGGCUGUAAGCAACAACUCAUUAAGGGACUCCACUGAAGGCAGCAAAUCCAGUGAUACCCUCAGCAGAGAGCCUGUCACAUUGCACACGGGAGACUUGGAGGACCCAUCCAGCUGCUUCACGUUCCCGUCCACAGCAAGUCCGUCUGUGAAAAAUUCAGCUUCUCGAUCAUUCCAUUCGUCUCCUAAGAAGUCCCCGGUUCACUCACUGCUGACUAGUUCGGUUGAAGACUCAGUGGGUUCCACACCCCAGUACAGAUCCACGAAACCUGUGCAUUCGUCUGACUCUGUUAAAGUCUCAGCCAAUAGAAACAACAGGAAAAACGUGCAGGAAGCUUCAGAACAGACUGGAAAGCUUGCAGACUCUUGUAGAAGAUUUACAGAUGAAGAACCAAGCAAUGUCUUCAAUGAUCCGAAAUCAAGAAAAGAGGAUACAGAAAGUGAAAGACCAGGAAAAAAUGUUACUAAAAUGAUACAUUGUUUGCCUCUUCUUUACAGAGGAAUGAGGCCCAAUUAAUUGUGGUGUUGCUUAUAAUUAGUGCCCUGUGUACUUUUUUCUUUUUAUGUGAAAAUUUAAUAAAAGAUACCCUGUCCUGUAAACUCUAUUUUGAAAUAAACUAUU